AUGGCGUACCCGCCUACAGCCGAUAUCCGUUCUACAGUACCCGCCCUACAGCCGAUCUCCGUUCUACAGUACCCGCCCUACAGCCGAUCUCCCUCCUACAGUACCCUCUACAGCCGAUCUCCGUCCUAUAGUACCCGCCCUACAGCCGAUCUCCGUCCUACAGUACCCACCUACAGCCGAUAUCCGUCCUACAGUACCCGCCCUAAAGCCGAUCUCCGUCCUCCAGUACCCUCCUACAGCCGAUCUCCCUCCUACAGUACGCUCUACAGCCGAUCUCCGUCCUACAGUACCCGCCCUACAGCCGAUCUCCCUCCUACAGUACGCUCUACAGCCGAUCUCCGUCCUACAGUACCCGCCCUACAGCCGAUCUCCGUCCUACAGUACCCGCCCUACAGCCGAUCUCCGUUCUACAGUACCCACCUACAGCACCCACCUACAGCCGAUAUCCGAUCUACAGUACCCGCCUACAGCCGAUCUCCGUCCUACAGUACCCACCUACAGCCGAUCUCCGUCCUACAGUUCCCGCCCUACAGCCGAUCUCCGUUCUCCAGUACCCUCUACAGCCGAUCUCCGUCCUACAGUACCCUCUACAGCCGAUCUCCGUCCUACAGUACCCUCUACAGCCGAUCUCCGUUCUACAGUUCCCUCUACAGCCGAUCUCCGUUCUACAGUACCCUCUACAGCCGAUCUCCGUCCUACAGUACCCGCCCUACAGCCGAUCUCCGUCCUCCAGUACCCGCCCUACAGCCGAUCUCCGUUCUACAGUACCCGCCUGCAGCCGAUCUCCGUUCUACAGUACCCGCCUACAGCCGAUCUCCGUUCUCCUGUACCCACCUACAGCCGAUCUCCGUUCUACAGUACCCGCCCUACAGCCGAUCUCCCUCCUACAGUACCCGCCCUACAGCCGAUCUCCGUUCUACAGUACCCGCCUACAGCCGAUCUCCCUCCUACAGUACCCGCCUACAGCCGAUCUCCGUUCUCCAGUACCCAUCUACAGCCGAUCUCCGUUCUACAGUACCCGCCUACAGCCGAUCUCCCUCCUACAGUACCCGCCUACAGCCGAUCUCCCUCCUACAGUACCCGCCCUACAGCCGAUCUCCGUCCUACAGUACCCGCCCUACAGCCGAUCUCCGUUCUACAGUACCCGCCCUACAGCCGGUCUCCGUUCUACAGUACCCGCCCUACAGCCGAUCUCCGUCCUACAGUACCCACCACCUACAGCAGGCGUAUGGUUGUAUACCAGCUGCUGUGUAUCUGCGCGUGCACUAA